AAUCUACGUCUGCUUCUUCUGUCUAUACUGUAACCGAACAAAAGAAGAAAGAAGCAGAAUAACGAAGAAGAAGAAGAAAAUCGAAUAUCAAUGGUGUUGUUACUCAAUGCCCUAACCCUAGCUCGGACCAUGAGGGUUUCUACUAACGACUAUGUGUUCGAGGCUGAAGAUAUCGCCUUUGGGACGCCGUGGUGGUUCGUCUUCGCCGGAGUCUCGUGCUUGCUGGUCCUGUUCGCCGGAAUUAUGUCCGGCCUUACUCUUGGAUUGAUGUCCCUCAAUCUCGUCGAGCUCGAGAUUCUCCAGCGUAGUGGCACCUCCACCGAGAAAAAGCAAGCCGCUACUAUAUUGCCAGUGGUACAAAAGCAACACCAGCUUUUAGUUACUUUGCUUCUUUGUAAUGCUUGUGCCAUGGAGGCGCUUCCUAUAUAUCUUGAUAAAAUUUUCCAUCCAUUUGUUGCUGUUGUACUGUCUGUAACCUUUGUCCUAGCUUUCGGAGAGAUAAUUCCACAGGCUAUAUGCUCAAGAUAUGGGCUGUCGGUUGGUGCAAAUUUUGUGGGGCUUGUGCGCGUUCUGAUGAUAAUAUGUUAUCCAAUUUCCUACCCGAUUGGAAAGGUUCUAGAUGCUGUUCUGGGGCACAAUGAAGUUUUAUUUAGGCGAGCUCAGUUGAAAGCCCUUGUCUCCAUCCAUGGCAAAGAGGCUGGUAAAGGUGGUGAACUCUCGCAUGAUGAGACAACAAUAAUCAGUGGAGCACUUGAUUUAACAGAAAAGACUGCAGAGGAGGCUAUGACACCUAUUGAAUCAACAUUUUCCUUGGAUGUCAGCUCCAAAUUAGACUGGGAAGCAAUUGGAAAAAUUCUGGCACGUGGCCAUAGUCGAGUUCCUGUCUAUUCUGGGAAUCCAAAAAACAUUAUUGGGCUUUUGCUGGUGAAAAAUCUUCUCACUGUUCGGGCGGAAACAGAGACUCCAGUAAGUGCUGUUUCCAUUCGGAGAAUUCCUAGGGUCCCAGCAGACAUGCCUCUGUAUGAUAUUCUUAACGAGUUUCAGAAAGGAAGUAGUCAUAUGGCUGCUGUUGUGAAGGUUAAAGGAAUGAGCAAAAACCCUCAGCCUGAUUUUGAUGGAGAGAAAAUUGAGGAAGACAUGGUCACAAAUGCAAAAUCUCAUUUGACUACUCCAUUGCUUAAAAAUAAAAAGUACGAUGAUAAAUCAGCAAGUGUUGUUGUUGACAUUGAGAGAGCUCCGAGAUCCUUGACAAACAAGCAAACCAUUCAACAUAUUGGUUUUACAACAAAUGGGUUGCCACCCUCGUCAGAAGAUAUUGAAGAUGGAGAAGUCAUCGGAAUCAUCACCCUGGAAGAUGUUUUUGAAGAACUUUUACAAGAGGAAAUUGUAGACGAGACAGAUGUAUACAUAGAUGUGCAUAAAAGAAUACGUGUGGCUGCUGCUGCUGCUGCUGCUUCGUUUGUGGCACGAGCUCCAUCAAAUCGUAGAUUGCCUGUUCCAAAACCUCCUGGAGUUCAAAGUAAGCCAGGGCAAGCCACGAGAAAGUCUAUGGAUGAUGAUCCUUCUGUCGUUAGGAAUGCGAGGGAAUCCAAUGACUCUUUUGCAGGCGAUAAGAGAUGACUUCAAUCCCAGAUGGUAAAUUAGACCCUCACGUUGCCCUCUCUCAUUGUCUUGCUGCCACCAGGUUAUGGUCUCUGUUAACUAAAAGCUCUGACCACUUGUAAGUUGUAUUCUGAGUUGUGUAGAUUUUAGUGCAUACAUAUUCUCAGUAUGUGGUUAUAGUAUGUUCAUUGUUAAUUUUUUUUUUUUUUUCAUAUCAUUACAAAGUCUAGAACCACUUGUUUCGUCUGUAACAAGUAAAUUGUAGUAAUUUGGGGAUUUAAUUUUGAACGAGUAGAUGAUGCUUAGCUUCAUUAUGUGCAUUACUUAUGUUGUUCUUUGUCAUUUUUGAGACCCAAAGAUUAAGAGCAAAUGUUAUGUAAGACUAAUGUUGGUUUUUAGUUUUAACCAAAUUAACUAAUAAAAUUUUCACCCACAUUUUAUA